UUGAUGUGCGGCUCAACACAACAACACAGAGAGAAGGUCUGUGUGGAGAUUUUAUUCUCACACACUCUCACACACACACACACUCACACACACUCUCACACACACACUCUCACACGAACAUGGCGAAACCGGCUGAGAGCGCAUACUACCGGUUUGUGGUGCUGUUCUUUAACUGCAUGCUGACAUUCGGCUCCUACUUCUGCUUUGACAUCCCCAGUGUUCUACAGCAGCAGUUCCAGGGAAACCGGACGUGUGUGAAUUCCACAGUGGGGAAUGAGACGGAGUGUGUGGAGGGACUGGGCAUGACGCCGCAGGAGUACAACCUGCUCUAUGCUAUAUAUGCCUGGACGAACGCUGUGGUGGUGAUCAUGGCAGGAUUCCUGAUCGACAAACUGGGCAACUGCUUUGGCGUGUUCCUUUUCUCCUUCCUGUGUGUGUUGGGUUCCUCCAUCUUUGCACUAGGUUCUCAUUUUAAAGGAUCUCCGUACCUGCUGCCACUCAUGCUGACGGGUCGCUUGCUGUUCGGCUCUGGGAACGGCUCUCUGACCAUUGUUCAGAGCAGGAUUACAGCCUUCUGGUUCAGAGGGAAGGAGUUAGCUUUAGCGUUCGGUCUCACUCUGGCUUUCUCUCGUCUUGGCUCUGUCCUCAACUUCUUCCUUACUCAGCAAUUUGAGAGUCAGUACGGCAUCCAGUGGACACUGUGGGGGGGCACUCUGCUGUGUGUGCUGGGUUUCCUGUCUGCUGUAAUGGUCAGUGUUCUGGAUAAAGUGGGCAUGAAACAGCUUGGACUGGAUGGAGCAAUACAGGAGGAGUCACGCAAAGUGAGAGUCCAGGAUGUGCAUUUGCUCUCUCUGCGUUACUGGUUGCUUGUUUUCACCAUCAUGUUCUUUUACAACGGCAUUUUCCCCUUUAUCGCUGAUGCCAGUAAGUUUAUCCAGGAUAAGUAUAAGGGCUACACUCAGGAGCAGGCGGCCUACAUCGCGGGGGCAGUGUACGACAGCUCACUAGUGUUAUCAGCUGCUGUGGGCAUUCUCAUUGACUAUGUGGGCCUGCGUGGUGUGUUUGCUGUACUGUGUGCGGUGUGUACUCUUCCUGUGUUUGGGUUGUUGGCCUUCACAUUCGUCCCUCCGCUUGUCUCCACCAUCUGGCUCGGGAUCACCUACUCUUUUGCUGCAGCGAGUAUGUGGCCCUCUAUCCCUCUGGUGGUUCCCCGCUCCACUCUCGGGACAGCGAUGGGUUUGGCCACAUCAGUGCAGAUGAUCGGCAUCGGACUGUGUAACCUCAUUGUGGGAGAGAUAUUGGGGGAGAAGAUUAGUGAUGCUAAGAUUCCUCUAUGGCGAUGGCAGCGAAUGAUGAUCUUCAUGUUAGCGAACACAAUUGGCUGCAUCAUCACAUCUUCUGUACUGAACAUCAUUGACCGGAGAGAGGGAGGCACGUUGAAUAAGAUGACAAAGAGAUCAGAGGUGCAGAACUCUGAGGUUCAGACAGACACAGAAACACUAAUCACCAACGAGGAGGAGACGGAGAGAGACAACUCCAGCAUCAAUUCUUAAACCUGUCUGUCUGUCUUUGUACCUGUCUGUCUCUCCCUGUAUGUGUCUCUGUCUGCUUGUUUCUCUGUCUUUCUCUUCUUCUAUCUUUCUCUCUCUCUCUACCUGUCUGUCUUUCUCUCUCUCUCUCCUGGUCUUUCUUUUUUUCUUUCUCUCUCUCUCUCUCUCUCUCUCUCUCUCUCUCUCGCUCUCUCUCUCUAUCUGUCUGUUUUUCUCUCUCCUAACCUGCCUGUCUCUCACUUGACUUGUGGUGCUUUAUGAAUGAACUGAAAUGAGAUGGAUGUGAAAGGGACAGCGUUUGUGUGUGUGUGUGUGUGUUCAUGUUCAUGUGCAUGCCAGAUUUAUCAGGUUUAUGACAUUGUUAUUUUAAUGAUGAAUAAUUUGCACAUAAAUUAACAGAUUGAUUUUGGGGGUAAUUGUGUAACAGGGGUGUGUGUGUUAAAGCUGACAGUGUUCUCAUUUAAAAUCACAUUUGUUUGGUUAUACCAGGUUCAUGUCGUAUCUGAAGUAUCAUCACCAGAAUUUGAUCUUUUAUAGAAUAAACCU